AUGUCCACGAGCAGAGGCGACGCGGAGGAGCAGGCCUUGUGUCACGAGAGCAUCGCUGCUGUCCAGCUGGACCUGGGGGACCCCAGGAUGGCGACGAUGCACUUGGAGGAAGCGCUGGCUUUGUCGGAGGCGUUGGUGGAGGAGCACCGCCAUGUCGAGGAGCCACAAGAACCCGCAGACCCGCACGAUCCGGGGGCAGCAGGGGGCGAGAGCAGCGGGGGAAGCAGAAGAUCGCAGGUAAAGCUCGAACGGAUCCAACAGAAGCUCGAGGAAGCCAAGAGAUUUUGCGUGACGGGCACAUCGAACGGGGAGGAUGGAGCGGUUGUUUCGCUUCAGACGGAGAGGGCCGACGAAUGGAAGAGGCUUGAGGACGAGGAGAUCGUAAAGGUGCCGCUGAGUAUCAGGAGAGAAGAUGGGGAAAAGGCGGAAGGACCCAAAUUUCCUCUCAAGUUUAAGCUGAAGAUGCCUGGACAAGAGCUUGCCUCGCACUUCAAGUUUCUUCAGUCUUGGAGCGUUCACAAGAAAUACUACGAGAGAGCAGAAGCAGACUGA